AUGCUGUGCAACUGGACGGUAGUGAGACUCGCGGUCCGACUUCCGGGGAUGAAGUCGGGCUUUGGCCACUUGACCGGAAGUCUGGCACUGGCCGGAGGUUUCCACAACACUCUGUCGGCUCUCGUUCUCUGUCCUAUGAUCUUUUUGUGAGCUCAAAUUGUUGAAAAAGUUUAAAAAUCGAUUAACAGCGACAUCGAGACCCUGAUAAACUACUCGUUCAUAUUGGGCCACAUGCUCAGUUUGUGCAACGAGAUCAUCGUCUACACUCAUUUCCUCAUUUCCUUGAAUCGCUUUUGCGCCGUCUUCCUGCCUUUCGCUUAUGACAGGAUUUUCAAGUGAGGAUUGAUUCAUCAGUCUUAAGAUUAUUCCGGAAACACCGGUCAUGAAAGUUAUCAUGAAGAAAAAAGUCUCAGAGGAUCAGGAAUAUUUUAUUAUCAAAAAAUUCCCAAAUGAAGUCUGAGAAAACUUUCUGGAAAACUUUCUGAGAUUUCAGAAUAAAAAACACCUUCUGUUUGAUCGUCGCCUUCUGGGUGCUGGCCAUCGUCACCACAACGUACUUUUUUGAAAUCGGCGAUUGCCGCGUUCAAUAUAAUCCGAAUAUACUCGGACUAACAUGGAGUCGUACCAAUUUCUGUGCUUCUGUCUCCUGGUACAACAGUUUUUUGAAAAACGCAGGCCUUGUGUUUCUGACGACUGUCAUCGAUAUGUUCACAAUCGCCCGCCUCCAUUGGACCAACCGAAAAACGGUUCGUUUCUCAUUUUUGUUUGUCAAAAAAUAAUAUUCAACAUUGAUUUUUCAAUGUUUUCUCCAAUUCAGAGAGUACAAAGUCAUGAAAUGGAAAGACGACGGGCUCUCGAGCUGAGUUUCUUGAAACAAGUGAGUUACUGAUAGAAUAUUUGAUUAUUUCUUUGCAGGCUUGCCUACAAUCCUUCGUCAUAUCCGCCGACUUGAUAAAAUACCAUAUUCUUGCCCCUCAUAUCGUAAAUAAAUGGGGAAAGCUUUUCGUUGGCUUGUUUUCAUGGUUCUCUAUGUUUGCAAUCGAUGGGUUUGUUCGUUUUUCCAUUUCCCAGUGUAACAUAGGAAUUACAGGAUGAUCGCCAUUUUCACCAAUAAAGAGCUGAAAAAAGCCAUUUUCCACACAGAGAAAGGUAAAGAGUGUAAACUGCAAAAAAGUGCAUCAAAAAUUGAUUUUGAAAGAGUCAGAAACGAAAAAAGAACAACGCCUCGAAAAAAUGUUUUUAUUUAUUUCUACUGUUCACGUUAGUUACAGGUAUUCAAAGAGAUAAUUUUUUUUACUCCUGUUGAUGUAACUCAAUUUCCGCCGUUUUAUUCUUAGCUUCUCACAAAAUAACGUAAAAUGUUAUUUCCAGGAAAAAUAACUCGCGUCGCCGUCAGCGUCAUUCCGGUCGGCUCAAAAUGAAUGAUAACUUUGUAUAUACCCGAUUUCAUGAAUUUUGAACCAUUUUGUAAAAAAAAAAUUACUUGUUCUCAAGAAUCGCUUUUUUUGUUUUGCAAUCCAAAAAAGGUGAGAAACUCACGGCAAGCCGAGUUUUGUUAUAAAAAUAACUUGUAUACGGGGUUUGUCUAAAAGAGCACGGUGGUUCAUUUUCCGCUCUUUUCACGUUUUAGGACAGCCCCUUCAAUUCUAGUUAUCAAUUCAAAGUUUUGAAUAUAUAUGACUUGAAUAAUUGUACAAGGAACUACACUUUCCGAUCAUUAAAACUAUUUGUGUAUUAGCCUCCUGCAGAAAUGAAAGAUGAGCAUCUAGCCGCACUUUGUUUUUUCCCAGUAAGUUACUUUUCAAACCAAACUAGGUUGAAAAAAAGGUUUUCGAAACAUUACCAUACCAUGAAAAAAAGUAUGAGGGUAUUAUCAGAGGAACAAAAACAAAGAGUCAUCUCGAACUUCAACUUGACGAUACGAAAACUGGCUAAAUCCAAAAAUGAAAGAGCGAAUCAGGUGUGUGUCUUGGGAAUGGCUUGCAACUGGACAAUAGUGAGACUCGCGGUCCGACUUCCUGCGAUGAAGUCCGCAUUCGGCAACUUGACCGGUAGCCUGGCCCUGGCCGCAGGUCUACACAACACUAUAUCUGCUUUCAUAUUGUGCCCGACCAUGUUUUUGUGAGUUGGAAUGAUUAUCCGCUUCUCAAAUUCCCUUUAGCGGCAAUCAAAUCCUCAUAAAAUACUCGUUCAUCAUGGGCCACUUGCUCAAUAUGUUAUACGACAUUGCUGUUUACACUCAUUUUUUCAUUUCUUUGAACCGUCUUUGCGCCGUGUUCCAGCCGUAUCAUUACGAGAAAAUCUUCAGGUGAAGAGGCUAUUUUGAAUUUAUUUAACCAAGUUGUAGUUCGAAAAACACGCAAGUCUUAAUCGUGUCCUACUGGAUAUUCGGAAUAAUCACCACGACCUACAUGUUCGAAAUCGGGAACUGUAGAAUUCAAUACAAUCCAAGGAUUCUGGCAAUUUCAUGGAGCAACACCGAGUUUUGCGCUUUCGUUGGCUGGUACAAUAGUUUCUUGAAAACCGCGACUUUGAUUGCAAUAACGGCGUCCGUCGACUUUCUGACACUUGCUAGAGUUCAUUGGAUGAAUCAAAAUCAGGUCGGUUUUUUUUAAUGAACCAGAGAAACAAAACAUGAAAUUCGGAAGCGGCAUCUCGAAAAAAAAUUCAGAUGUUUUUGAGCGAUGUGAUGGCAACGCGCAGGGCACGAGAGCUGAGUUUUUUGAAACAAGUGAGAUUUUUGAAGAAACUGAUCUACUUUUUUGAAAAAAAAAGCUUUUCAGGCGUGUCUGCAAUGCUUCGUUUUUGCCAUCGAACUGCUCAAUUUCCAUCUUCUGUGGCCUCAUUUAGAAGGAAAAUGGCUCAAGUUAUUCUUCAGCCUGUUCACUUGGACCGCCUUAUUCACUGUAGAUGGGUUAUUUUCCACUUUUAACUUCGAUUAAACAUUAAAAAAGGAUUUUAGAAUCAUUUCAAUUAGCACGAAUAAGGAGCUGAAGAAAACUAUUUUUCCCAAGAAAGAUGGUAUGAAGAAAAAAGUUUUUUCGUAUUGAGUAAAAAAUUCUUCCAGGCAAAACAGCGAAAAGUUGGGCCACAACAAGCAAUCGUUCUCCUAGCUUUGUAUCCAUGACCCCGGUAUGAAAGCAAAAAUAUUUUCUAGCUUGUAAGAACUUAUAUAAAAAUUUUCUAAUCGUGGAUUUUCUUUUACAGUACACGCAGAAGAAUCAAUAGAAAGCAAAUGGACGAAAAAUGAAGUAAAAAAAUGAAAAGAAGUCAGCAAAAAAUCAGGAAGAGUCGGUAUAAAAAAAAGCCACGAAAGUCCUCAUCGUCCGUAGACAAGCACGCGCUACAGACAAAACUUCGAACUUAUAUUAAAAUUUCACUAUGCCCAUUUAUUCAUUUAUUUUUCGAAUAGGUUAUUCAACAUUUUUGCUUCAUAAUAAAGGGCUUAAUUUAAGGCCAAAAACGUCGAAAAACAAGUUGCGUUUUUUUCCAAUUUUAUAGAAGUUAUAUACUUAAAAAGUGUUACUCGAAGAUAUAAGUUAAAACUUCUUGUUCUAUUUUUACCGCUUUAUAAAGCUAAAAAACUUAUUUUUGUUCUCAAACUUUGGUUUUUCGGCCUCAGUUUCUUCCAAAAAAGGUGAGAGUCUCCCGAGGUCUGCAGAAGUUUUUGGGAAGUGAAAAAGGCUGAUUAUGAGUUUCAUUUCUCUCAUUCAAAAGAACACGGUGGCCUAUUUAAUCUUCUUGCCGUUUUUUUCUUAAUUAAAUAUUCGUAAAAUUGUUUUUUUGAAGAGUCUAUCAAAUCUGAAUAAACAUUUUUCAAUAGCGGCCAAAAAAAUAGAGACGUCUCGUUUUUUUCGUAUUUUUUUCAAGUAUUGACUUUUUUUAAAAUAUUUUUUUGUAUUGACUUCGUUUAAAAAGAAUAAAAUAUCGGAAUUUCUUCCUGUUUGUAUCCCUACAAGCCUCAUAUUUUUCAAUUGAAAUCGUGCCUCUUCUCCAUUUGAGAAUUCUAGUGAUUUAUGUCAAAACAAUUAAAAAAAUAUUAUCUUGGAGUUUUGAAAAUUUCUAGAAUCGAAACUUCCGUUUUGGAAAGCUAAUUAGCCUCAUCAAUAGUAUGACAGAUGAUCGUCUGGCCGCGCUUUGUUUUCUUCCCGUAAGUUUCAUUUCGAAAAUUUUUCAUAGAAAAAAAGUAAGAAUCUCAAAAAUUGUUUAAUCAAUCCAAGAGCUUCAAAAAUAAUCAUUCGUUAAAAAUAAUAUUCGUUGCUGAAUUGAUAUCACUUCCUGAUCCCAUCAAUUGUACUCUUAGAAGCUAAAAUUAACUCUCUCUCUCUAUCAACGGUGAGAGCUUCAAAGUUUUUAUAGUUUGGAAGGCUCCAAACAAGUUGAUUUUUUGUUCUGCACUUAUAGGAAAGAUAUUUCUCGAAAAAAAAAAACGUUUUUAUUCUAACUUGCAUGAGCUUUCAUUUCACUGGAAAAAGGCGGAUUAACUAUUCACAAUGAAGAAAAAAACGUUUGGAAAAUAAUUGACUUGAUGGGAAAUGUCUCUCGGGGUUUACCGGUGUAACUGCAAAUCUCCGAAAAAGAUAAGAAACCACUUAUAAACACGAAAUAAAAUCACCAAUAACAAUCGUUCAGAUUCGAGUCAUUCAGAUUUGCAUUUUGGGGAUGCUGUGCAACUGGACGGUAGUGAGACUCGCGGUCCGACUCCCGGGGAUGAAAUCGGGCUUUGGCCACUUGACCGGAAGUCUGGCACUGGCCGGAGGUCUCCACAACUCAAUAACCACCCUGUUUCUGUGUCCCACAAUGUUAUUGUGGGUUGAAAGUACAAAAAUAAGUUCUAUUUGACCAUCAGCAACAUCGAAAUCUUCGUGAACUACUCGUUCAUCAUGGGCCAUUUGCUCAGUAUGUUAUACGACAUUGCUGUUUACACUCAUUUUUUCCUUUCUUUGAACCGUCUUUGCGCCGUUUUUCAACCGCAUUACUACGAAAAAAUAUUCAAGUGAACAUCAAACUAUAAACUCGGAUAUGAAUUUUUAAUUUUAAGUCAUAAAAACACACCGAUUCUUAUCGUGGCCUACUGGAUAUUCGGGAUAAUCACCACAACCUACAUGUUCGAAAUUGGUGAUUGUCGGAUUCAAUACGAUCCCAAAAUUUUGGCUCUCACGUGGAGUAAUACAGAAUUCUGCGCAUUAGUAGGAUGGUACUGCAGUUUCUUGAAAACUGCAACUUUGAUUGCCAUAACGGCGACGGUCGAUCUUUUGACUCUUUUCAGAGUUCACUGGAUGAAUAAAAAUCAGGUGAGGCUUUCAUAAUUAGACGGAAAGAAAUCGAAAAUCCUACUUGAGAAUGUUCUAAGUGACGUGAUGGCGACGCGGCGUGCACGAGAACUGAGUUUUUUGAAACAAGUUGGAUAAUCAAAAAGAAAAGUCCCUGGAGGGAUGAAAGUUCAGGCGUGUCUGCAAUGUUUCGUUUUUGCCGCAGAACUCCUCAAUUACCACCUCGUAUCGACUCACUUGGAAGGAAAAUGGCUUAAGUUUUUCUUCAGUCUUCUACCUUGGACGGCACUGUUCACUAUUGACGGGUUCAAUUUUACUAAAAAGUCAAAAACUUUUGGAAUAAAUUCAGAAUAAUCUCAAUUUCAACUAACAAGGAGCUAAAGAAGGCGAUUCUCAAAAAAGAGGACGGUUAGAAAGACAUUAAAACUGUUGAAUGAACAAAAAGUUUUGUUGCAGGAAGAGGGAGAAAUGGUUGGGCCACUACAACAAGCAAUCGUUCUCCAAGCUUCGUAUCAAUGAGUCGAUUAUGAAACGAAAACUUACAUCUUUAUAAAACUAAAACAUCUGUGAAUGAGAACUUUUACCUUUUUAAACUUGUAAGAAAGCUCCAAGGUUACUGUAGAAAUCCCCUCAUCGUCUCUUUCUCAAAUUGUUCCUUCGAAUUUUGUGACGUGAUCAGUGAAUUAUUCAUACAACUUCCUUUGAAAACUUCUAGUUAGUUUCUUGCAUCUUGUAGAGAAGGGCGAUUCUCACGAUUAGAAAGCAUUCGCAGCGUUUUUGACAAUUACUUUUUUACUUCUCACAUUAAAAUAAUUUACCCAUACACUCUUGUAGUAGGCAAGGCACAUCUAUUCUUUUUCUUUUUCAAAACCAAUUUAAUAAAUUGUACCCAUAUGCAAAUAGUAUCAUAGUCCGUCAAGUGAUAUCUUAAAUAUUUCUGAAUGUUAUUUUUUUCCUUUUUGAAGUAUCUACAUAUAUGUAUAUGAAAAGAUUUCAAUUCAAAAAAAACUUCAUGCAGUCUUCUCCUCUUUUCUACUUUAACCAAAAUGUCUCCGUUUUUAAACCUUUUUUUCUCAUUUCCAUAACGAUUUUUUGAUUAAUAAUAUUUUCACGAGUGAAGAAGGUAAUAAAAACCCGUCAAUAAGAGCUAAAACAACGAGAAUAAUAAGGCGAAUUAGAAGGAUUCUCAUUUCGAAACUUCCUUAUCAAACGACUCAUUAGCGACAUAUCACAAUAUCAUGACUGAUGAUCGUCUGGCCGCGAUUAGCUUACUCCCGGUGAGUUUUUCUUUUUGACCGAUUUAUUUCCUUUAAAGAUUCUAAUAGAAGAAAUAUCUGGUCUCUUUGACUUUUAGAAUUUGAUCUGCAGUAAAAAGGAACACAUUUCUGUUAGGAAAGACUUGGGAAAAAGUUCCCAUAAAUAAGAGCUUGUGAAAAACUCUUCGUUUGGAGUGCUCAUUAUUUGUCCCGAAGUUUUUGAACUUUGUCAGCAAAACUGUCUGGUGAUUCAAAAAACGAGAAGAGAAACAUAUUCCUGCUUUAAAAAAGAUUUUCCAAGUCGUAUCGUAUUGAUAUACUAUGACAAUUAUCAAAACUCAUAAUUAAGGUAUGUGUUCUGGGAAUGGCUUGCAACUGGACGAUUGUAAUUCUUUCGGUCCGACUUCCAGCCUUGAAGACGGCUUUCGGAAACUUGACCGGUAGUUUGGCCGCAGCCGGAGGCCUCCACAAUACGUUCAUGGCUCUUGUUACUUGUCCCAUGAUUUUUUUGUGAGUGAAAAAAGGAGAAAUUGUCUGACCUGAUUCCAGCAAUUUUCGAAUCCUCAACACCUACUCGUUCAUCUUGGGCCAUUUGCUCAGCAUGUUCCACGACAUCAGCGUCUUCUCGCAUUUCUUCAUGUCGUUGAACCGUCUGUGUGCCGUUUUCUUCCCUUUGGCCUACGAGAACCUCUUCAGGUGUGCUGAAAUGACAAUAAAUUGAAACUUGAUGAUUAAUUAAACAGAAAAACACUUUGUUCGUUAAGCUUUCCUAACUUUUUUUUUUUACUGAAAAGAUGCUUGAAAACUUCAGAGUUUCGGAUCGAUUUUUCAGCGCCAAGAAAACGAAAAUUUUGAUUGGAGCUUAUUGGAUAUUUGCUAUCAUCACCACGACCUACACUUUUGAAAUCGGAGAUUGCCGACUCAAAUUCAACCAUGAAUUGCUGUCUUUUGGAUGGAGCAACACCAGUUUUUGUUCAUUUGUUUUGUGGUAUUCGAAUUUCGUGAAGAACGCCGGAUUAAUCGUCAUCACAGCUUCGAUAGACGUGCUCACUGUUUUGAGGGUUCAUUGGAUCAACAAAGACGAGGUGGGGAUUCGAACAUUAGAAAAAGAUCCUUGAAAAGCUCUUUUCUUGAAGAUAGGAAUUCCUCAACUCAUGGCCGAUGAUAAGUUGCUAAAGUGAUUUUUUUUUCCAACUAAAAAUUAUAUUCAGGCAAUAGAAAGUCAAAUGAUGGCGACGCGACGAGCGAGGGAGCUCAGCUUUUUGAAGCAAGUCGGUUAUUUUCGAGCUUUUGACUCAGAAUACAUGGUUGAAUAAAUGAAAAGGGCUAGGGAAUCAUUUUACAGGUCUGUCUUCAAUCCUCCGUCUUUGCCGCUGAACUAAUAAAGUAUUACAUCGUGACGCCUUAUUUUGAAAACAAACUGAUACUUUUUUUUCUCGGCACUUUCACAUGGACCGCCUUGUUCACAAUUGAUGGGUAAGUCCUUUUCGAAAUUAAGAUUGUUUUAUUUAAACAUCUCAGUUCAAAAACUAUGAAAAAAAGAACCAUUAAAAAAACCAUUUCAAUUAUCAUGAUCUUUCAGAAUAAUUGCGAUUUCCACCAAUAAGGAACUCAAAAAGGCAAUUUUCAAAAGUGAAGGUCGUUUAAAUCGAAUAUAUAACAUAAUUGUCAUUUUCAGCGAAGAAAAACAGCGUUUUUAAUAGAGUCAACAGUAUUGCGGCCAGUCAAACAAGCCGAAUGAGCCGAUAUUAAAGGGAAAAAUAUUCUUUUCAAUAAAUAAAAUGUUUCCUCGUGCAGUUUUUUUUUUGUUUGUCGCUGGGAAAUUUAUUCCGCUUUUUUACGACGUUCCUUGAGAAACGCAUGGAUCAAAAAAUUUUCCGUUAAAAAGAGCUCACCGGUCAGAUUUAUCGUUAAAAUGUUUGAUUUUUCUUUAUUCGUAGUUAUCAAAACUUUUUUCUGGGCCAAUGAUAUCUGAAAUUGGGAAAACCUACUUUCAUAAAUGAUUUCAAGUCGUUUUGCAAACAAAAACUUCCUAUUUGUUCUUCUUUUGUUCAAAAUCUCCUUGGAGCUCACUUCAACUCGAAAAUUCACUUCCUUUUUGCAAAUUCCGGUUUGUUUUUUGCCCCUUACGGCAAAGUCCAAUCUUCAGCGGAAUUAUUACCAUUUUUCUCAGAACGAUGAGCAACAGGAAUCAAGUUAACAGCUUGAAAUUUCUGAGGCGAUAAGAACGCUCAACCUCUCGAGAGAAAAGAAGCUUCUUUGAAAAUCCAAAUGUCUUAUUUCGUGCCUCGAUGAACUAAAAACUGGAAUUGUUGAAUUUUCACCGAAUUCUCGAUUUGAAUAAAAGACAUCAAAAAUUUCGACUCUGUUUAUCUAUGGAGAAUAAUUUGCAGGAAGAUUUAGAAAAGCAAAAAAAGGCAAGUUCAGUUGGAAAUAACACACUCAACACUCGAAAUAUCCGACAUUCUGUCUCGCCUGAAUAAAAGGCAGACGCAAGAAAUCAAGACUUCCGUGAUUCGCCUCGAAUCUUCGUCAUGUUCAUCCGGAAGGAACGGGAAGGAGAAGAUGAGUUGAGAGCUCCUGGGGCGUCUGUCCGUCAACCUCUCUUUCCAUUGCCCCGCCACCUCUGUGUGCUCCUCAAAAAACACGCGACGAGACGCCGGCGACGGCGACGACGCGGCGAUCGAUGGCCGUCGGCCAGGCUCCGCCUCUUCCAUCCAUCGUCAGCCCCUUCCCCCCUUUCAUUUUUUAUCGCUCUUUCUCAUUAUCAUUUUUGCAUAAGCAACUGAGAAAAAAAAACAUUAGUUGCUCCUUAUUUUCUCACUUGUUCCAUAAAAAAUAACAUGUUGAGUUGCUUCAAGGCCCAGAAAUCAAACAUUCAUCGUAUCAACACUGAAAAAAAGAUUGCCGGACCAAAAUCGGUUUCGCAUGUUUGUCAAACAAACCAGUUGCUUUGAAAUAAAAACAAAAGGCGAAAAAUUUCCUUUGUUUUGAUUGUAAAAUUGUUUUACCCUACUUCAAACGAUAUAUUACAUGUCAAUUUUUGAAAAAAAUUUCCAACUUCGAAAUAUUUCUCACACUAGUUACUUGGAAAAAAAUUAUACAAAAAAAGAGAGAAACCAUCUUCAUCGACGAAAAAAACAUUAAAUUACCAUUUUUUUUUAAAAUUCUAUAUUUUUGAAAGCUUCGUUUCUCAAUUUGCUCUCCGAACCUUCUCAUUUAUGAACGCCAAUAUAAAUCACGUUCUUUGAAAUUUUCAGCGUUUGUCGAAAAAUCUGUAAAAACAAACAGUUGGAAAGUCCUACCUGACGGAAAAUUUAGUCGUUUCUUUCUACCAGUAUACAUUCCACGUCAACUAAGCCUAGGAGUGCCGAUUUUAUUUCAAAGUUUUUAAAAUAGAAAAAAGGCUUCAUUUUGGAGAGUUCGGAUCUUUAUAUAGAAAAUUCGGAAGGAUAACAAACUCAGAAAAAUUAUAGCUUUUUGAAUUUUUUUGAUUGGCGCGACUUGAAUAGCUUUAAAAAAAACAAGCUUUCCGGUUCUUUAUGCAUUAAUUUUUCAUUCCAGUGAAAAGUACCAAAAGCUUGUGAAAAAGAUAGAGCAAAAUUCUAUCCAUUUUGAACCUAAAAGACAAAAUUCGUGUCGAAAUUGGGCGUGGAAGGGAAAAAUCCAAUUUGACAGCCUUUGGAAUUUGAAAGUAGCGACGGAAAACUUUUUUACUUCGUUGUUUAUGAUUAAUUCAUUGCGUAAUGGAGGCAUAAGAAAAAAACCUUCUACUGUAGAAAACUCGAACAUCUUUUUUGUUUUUGGAUUAAAUCUCACAUGUAUCAUUAUUCAUUGUGAGUAUUUCCACUGUUCUUUGAGAUAAAGCUUAAUGAAGCUCAAGGAUUUUUUUGAUUUUUUUCAUUAAUUCAAAAAUUUGGAUCUUCUGAUCUCUCCGAGCAGAUUAGAAUUCAACUAUCAAAGCUCUUUUGUCAAAAGAAAAGACGUGAUGUUCUAUCAAAACUUCCAAUCUCACCUUUAUUUACUCGAUAUACGACUCUCUCUAUAAUUUCAAUGUUUUUGCUUUAUCUGAAAGUUUCAGAGAUAUCAAAUCUCUCUAUCGACCCGUACAACGACGUAUUUCUUCCGUUUGCAGCCAACUCUUCGCAAUUCCAGGUUUUUCAACAAGUUUAAACUUUCGGGUUAGCCGAGGAAAAUAAGGGGCGAAAAUGAUUGACACAACUCGUUCCUGUUUCAAACUUUUGCGGGAAAAGAAUAUUAAGCAGUUUCAAAGCGUCGCGAAUUUCCAUUGAUCUUCCCACGCAGACUAACGAAACAGUUGAGAAAACUAGUUGAAUCGUAUUUUCUGUGUGUUUCCGUUUCCUUCCAAAGGGACAAACGUCAUGUUCAAAAAUAGACCAAUUCGAUUUUGUUGUUGGGAAGAAAAAGAAAGGCGACCUUUCUAUUUUCUUCGAAUUGCUCUUACGGCUGUCCUUUUAUUUUUGAUGUAGUCGUUAGAGUCAGUUUGUCGGUGGCUUUUGAAAGAUUCAAAUUAUUGCUCCAAGGAUUAUUUCGAGAUUAGAAAAAAUAAACUUUAUGAUGCCAUCGGAUCAAUAGAUAACGAAUAUUGUUUUUGAAGUGCGAGUUGAAAACGGAGAAAAACUUCUCGCUGAUUGAAAGCCUUGAUAAAAUCUUAAAUCCCGUUUUUCAUAAAUAAUCAAUUUAUUUUUGUUGUUUAUCAAAGUAUAAUCCAUCGAUAGAAAAAUAGAAAGAUCAGUGAGAGUCGACUUUUUUGUUUUUUUUUGUUCGUUUUGCCUGACGAUCAUGUGGCGCCGCAGAGCAAAUUUGUUACGCAAAACCCAGCGGCGAAAAUUGAUGACUCGGUGCCGAAAAGAAAAACUUCGCGAACUUGUCGAUCAAUCCUUCUUCUUUAUCUUUUUUUUGUGAAAAUAGUUCUUUUUGCAAUUUAUGGGUCAUAGAAUUGAUGAAAACUUUUUACAACAGAUCACGGGGAAGGAAUCAGAAAGAAAUUCUGUUACAAACCCCUAUCUUUCUGAAUUUUUUUUUAGGAAUUUUACAGUUUAUCAGAACACCUGUAAGUUCUGUUUCGUAACUAUACCGUAUAGUCUAUACGUCCAUGAAUACUCCUAAUUUUUCAUGCAAAAAGCUAAAGAUCGAAUUUCGAAAAACUCUUUUUGAGUAUUUUUUCUUGAAUUCAACGAAUCGAAUGAUCCUAUUCAAAUAAUUUGUUUUAACCACCUCCGUACACUCGCAAACUAAUUUUUAACUACUCCUGUUUUAUUCGAUGCACUUGGAAGCUAAAAAGCUUCCAUCAUCUUUUGAGAGAAUCUGGAUCGUUGCAAGAAAAAGAAAUAUGUUUCAAAAAACUUUGUGCUCUCCUCGAAUUUCUCAAUGAGAAUAAAAUAGGGCUGAAAAGCUGGACUGAAAACGCUUAAGGGUUCACUACUCUGGCGGGAUGACGAACGCAGCGGCGACGACGCGGCUGUGGCUCGGGCCUCUGCUUCUCGUCGUGAUCAUCGCCUUGAUCUACCUCCUCUCCUUGAUGCCUCACUCCCCGCCGCCGCCGAUGGUUCGUCUUUUUUCCGUUUUUGUUUUUCUGUAUCAGACGCGGUCAAUCUCAUGAACACUAGCGCGAAAAAAUCAAUUAAUAUAUAGAUCACUGGAUAUCUCAGAAAAAUUAAAGGCGUCUGUUUAUUUGUCUAAAAGAACGGCUCAAAGCCUCAGAACAAAUAGAAAAAAUAAGCCGCCGUGAACUUUGCCAAUGAUUUCAGAAAAGAAAAAAAAAGUUGCUUGUUUUACGCUGAAUUCGUCACUAAACUCACUCGAAAAAUUUGAAAGUUGUUCCAAUAAACGUUUUUGAAAAAAAAAAUUUAACUGUGUUUCUAUGCAAUUUAUUGAGCCCUUCUUUGGGAAGAAAAAAGAAAGAAAAAAGAGUUUCAUUUUGAACGAAAAGUCCCCCUUUUGAAGACCCCAGCAAGCUGGGCGUUUUUCAAACGAAUUUUGAAUUAAACUCCCUUAAUCAAUCUUCAAAGAAGCUUCCUAAUUUUUUUUACUGAUUUGAAAUAAUUUCGUUGAACAUGAACCCUUUAUUAUCCGAAAAACAGACAUGAUUCUUCUGAAACUUUCGAAAAUCUAAAAUUGAAAUAAUUUCUUUGCAGUUCCAACCGAGUGGUGGUUUGACCGACUACAGCCAAGAAUAUGCGAUGAAAGGCCAAAUUCACAUAGAAUGGGACGACGCCAAGUUCCGACAAAAUGAAGGUUCAUUUGAACUUCGAAAAUAUAAAAAUCCUGGCUGGUAAAUUAUUAAGCUUCAAGCCUUGUUCGAUUUCUUACAAAAUGAUUUUAAAUGCCGUUUUCCGAUAGUGGUGGGGCAUUGGUAAAAGCGUGACCGAUACUACGAUAAGAACAAAAGCCCAAUCUUUCAUAUAGUAGAAAAAAGCCCGGAAACUUUUUUUCAAAUUAUUUGAAAAGGUCGUGAAUUUUUUCUCGAUACACAGACAUUCCGUGAGCCCAACUACAAAAAACCCAUAGCUCUAGACAUUUUUGAACAAGUCUUAUCGCUUUGUUAGUUUCACUAGCAAAAAGAAACUUCUUAAAGGAGCGAAUUUUCGAAGAUUUCUAUGCGGAAAACUGCUUAAAAUAAUCACUUAAAAUGACCUAUGACCCUCUAAAAAAUUUUUUCAAUUCAUUUUCGAAAAAUCCACAAUCCGUAUAAAGGGAUUACCCUUGUCUUCAUUUCUUCAAGUCUAUUUCUUUUCAAUAUAAAGCCGAAUUAAGAAGCGCUUUUCGCGACGAGCUGCCAACACGGAGGUCUGUUCAACGAAACCGACGGCACUUGUCUCUGCACCGAGUGGUACAACGGCGAUCGGUGUCAAUUUCCGGUUGGUAAUUUCUUAUGAUCGAAAAAAGAACAUGAACUGAUACAGUGACUGAAGAAAAUUAAAAACAGAAAGAGUUGCGAAUUGAAUAUGAUCCAAAAACUGAAAAAUUAUGCUUUUUACAAGUAUCUUUCCAAUGAAAACUCCAAAAAAUAAUUCAACUUUUAGGUUUGUAUGAACAAUGGCGUCUACAACGCGACUCUUCAACGUUGCCUGUGCAGUGGAAAUUGGAUGGGCGAACAUUGUAUUUUCCGGUGUCCACACGGCAUCGUCAAUAGAACUACAGGUCGGUGUACAAAAAGAGUUGGCAAAGAUUUUUCCACAUAAAAACUUAGCUCAAAAUUGGUCAUAGAUAAAAUUUUGAGAGCGGAAAAGUCAAAAUUUCUUGAAGGACCGCUAUAAUCAUUUCCUCAAAAAGCGUUCUAAUAAACUACAGGACUCUCAAAACUCAACAGUUCCGAAAAGUUGUGUAGAAAAAUUUUGGAUCAUUUUGAUUUGAUGGAACUUGAAGGUUAUAGACGUAACACAACAGCCAAAGAACCAUAUGAAUUUUCUUAAAGCCUUUCGAUAGCUUGAAAUAAUUCAUAAAGUUUCAACGACUACUCCAAAUGCUUUUCGAUCUUGAUCUUUUUCAUUUAACCUUUGAUUCGAAUUUAGGAAUCUGCGACUGCGGCCGAGGGAGAGCCUGCAGCGUGCAAAAAUGCUUUAAUGGCCAAUUCUACGACGGAAAAUGCAUCUGCUUCGAAGGUCAGUUUUCGUCGAAAAUUGCCUCUCAUCACUUUUCUGAACAUUCCCUAGAAGUUGAUGUUCAGGCUAUUCCGGGCCGGCCUGCACAACCUGUGAAGGUCUCUUCUGCGAGGAUAACAUGCGACGUCGCGGCGCCGUCAACUCGCGAUUGACGCUGUCUGGACUCUCCUUCUGCAUCAUCACCAUUGGACUGUUGUGCGUUGCAGCAAGGUGCGAAAUAAACUAGAAGCCAAUAACCUUGGGAGAUUCAGAAGACGUCGGACUGGAUUGGUGCCGCCUUCGGAGGACACCUGGUACCGAGUCUUCCAGCCAGCUAACCAUCGUCCUUUCCGGUUCGUGGUAAUCAUCACUUAAAAAAACCUUUCUCUAAUUUUGUCCAACUUUUUAUGAGAAAACCUAAAAACCUGCCCUUUCAGUUGCCGUCACGAUUAUUUUUGCGGCGGUUCUUGGAUGCCACGCGAUCGAGCCCUGAUCGUGGCUCCAGGAAGAGUCAGUCUUUCCUCAGCUUCUUCAAAUGGAAGACCAUCGUCAGUUGCCUCGAGGCUUCUCAAGUGAUCACUCUGCUGUUCAGGACGAGAAGUCAACGGCUCGCCGCAACACCUCCACCCAGCUACACAUCUGUGGACAACCUGACACGAGUUGAAGAGCAAAUGCCUCCGACAUAUGAGGUAAUAUGCCUUCCUUUUCUCCGCUUCCUCUUCAGAAAUUGAAAGAUCUUUUCUUUUUAGUGAAACUUGAUGUCGAAACAGAAACUUAUUUCUUGUCCAGUGUACUACUCAAUUCUAAUGAAGCAGUUAUCUUUAAUUCACCAAAAACCUUCCGAAAACUCUCAAAAGGAUCUUUCAACUGCAGGAGGCGACGAGAACCUUAUCCGAAGAACCAGAAGACGUCGUCGAAGUCAUUGACGAAACUGACGUCAACAAAGACGAGAACUCCAACGAGCCGCAUCCAGACCAUAGCCCGACCAACAACGAUUCUUCCGUUUGA